AUGGAUCACACAAGAGACCCUUGCCCAUGGGUUAUUCUAAAUGAUUUUGGAGGUGCAUUUGCUAUGGGUGCAAUCGGCGGAACUAUAUGGCAUGGUAUCAAGGGUUUCCGAAACAGUCCGAUGGGCGAGAGGAGAAUAGGAGCAAUCACAGCUAUUAAGGCGAGAGCACCGGUAUUAGGUGGUAACUUCGGUGUAUGGGGCGGUUUAUUCUCAACGUUCGACUGCGCGGUUAAGGGAGUACGGAAAAAGGAGGAUCCUUACAAUGCAAUCAUUGCUGGCUUCUUUACCGGUGGUGCUUUAGCUGUUCGAGGAGGAUAUAAAGCGGCGCGAAACGGUGCUAUCGGUUGCGCCGUACUCCUUGCUGUCAUCGAAGGUGUUGGUAUCGGGUUCCAAAGAAUGCUUGCAAGCUCAACAAAAUUAGAGGCGCCUCCACCACCGCCAGAGGCGGAGAGGGCUUUCGCAUAG